CAGGAAUGCUAGUCGAUCGCAGAAAGAAAGCGGAGAUUGGGGGGAGGACUGGAAGAUGGCUCUCUCCAGAGGUUUGAGAUGCUGUCAGAGGGUUUUUUCCUGGAUUCCGGUUCUUAUCAUCACUGCCGUAGUGUUGUGGUCCUACUAUGCAUACGUCUUUGAGCUUUGCCUCUUCACAAUAACCAACACGUUGGAAAAAGUGGCGUAUCUGCUGGUGUUUCACGCCUGCUUUGCAAUGUUCUCCUGGACAUAUUGGAAAUCCAUUUUCACCCCUGUAGCAGCACCAUGCAAAAAGUUUCAGCUGUCAUACUCAGACAAGCAGCGAUAUGAGAUGGAAGAGAGGCCGGACGCCCAGAAACAAAUUCUAGUGGAAAUUGCCAAAAAACUACCCAUCUCCACCCGAGCCCAAUCUGGAGCUAUCAGGUUUUGUGACCGCUGCCAAGUGCUGAAGCCUGACCGCUGUCACCACUGCUCCGUUUGUGAAACGUGUGUCUUAAAAAUGGACCACCAUUGUCCCUGGGUGAACAACUGUGUCGGUUUCUCCAACUACAAGUUUUUCCUUCUUUUCCUCGCAUACUCCAUGCUGUACUGCGUAUUCAUUGCAACAACAGUCUUUCGAUAUUUCCUGAAGUUCUGGACAGGAGACUUGCCAAAUGGGCCUGCAAAGUUUCACGUCCUUUUUCUCAUGUUUGUGGCGCUCAUGUUCUUCAUCAGUCUCAUGUUCCUCUUUAGCUACCACUGCUGGUUGGUAGCCAAGAACAGAUCAACAUUAGAGGCCUUCUCCGCUCCUGUCUUCAUUGGUGGACCAGACAAAAAUGGUUUCAAUGUAGGGAUAAAAAGAAACCUGCAACAGGUGUUUGGGGAAGACGUGAGGCAGUGGUUCAUUCCUAUUUUCACCAGCCAAGGAAAUGGCCACUACUUCCCUUUAAAGAGCCAGAGUUCUGAAUCUCAAAACCCCCUUUUAGCUAAUGAGGACUUGUGGGAGGAGUCAGAUGAUGGUUCUGAGGAAGGAAGCUUGGUUGAGGACUUGGACCCCUCUGUCAUCAUAAACAUGGAGGAAUAAACAGACCUGAUGUGUUCCACUAGAUGAAUGCAUUCCAAUUGUUGUGGAAGUUUGGACGUGUCCUGCUGGUGGCGGGGGAUUACAACCUGGAUUCGGAUCCUCAUCGCCAAUUUUCCCGCAAACUUUCCCAUAACGAGAAAAAACGGAACUCGCCGGCCGUAGCCAGCAGUAGCCUCCUCUCACAGAUGGAUCAACAGGAGUCUUAUUUAAAGGAAAAGGUGUCCACAAAGACAGUGCUAUUUAUCAUAGAUGACGUCAUGAUGAAGACAUGAUGACGCUUUCUCCGCGAUCUCGCUGAACAGAUGUAAAGCUUCUGCAGGGUACUGUUCAAGUUGACAUUCCUGUUUGGUUGAGUUUACAGUGUUGCCCCUUUGACCCUGUUCUUUGUGGGUUGAUAUCUGAUCUUCCUAACACCCUUAUCAUUUUUUUGUGUGUGGGGGGGGGAUUAAACAUUUGACUGUAUUAUUUUUCCACCAACAUAAGUGAAUUCACUGAACUAACUGAACCUGCGCCUUACUGAAGUAUUUCCUACAAUGUAUCCUGCAUUUAAGCUAGUUUAGACUCACAUUUGUAAAAGAAGCCACCAUGAAGGUAUUUCAUUUCCAUGAACUGUCAACAGCCUAAAUUUAUUAGGACAAGUUUAAUAAUUUCCACCUCAAACCUGAAGUCAUAAUUUUUAAGACUGGCUUUAACUUUUUGUGAAAUAGUUAUAUUCUGAUUAUCAGAUGUUCAUGAUAUCAUGCCUAUUAACGUACUAAGUAACAAUGUUUACUGUUUUGAAUGAUUUUUCUUGAUAUUUUCCAGAAAUCAUGCAGCUGUUCUCAUGAACAAAAGCCUCCUCAUCCACUGGUUGAAGUUAUUUUCUGCAACAUUGAUUUUAAUGUCGUGUUUUAAUGCGUUUCUAGAUUUUGAAGAAUCAUCCGAACUGUUGCUGAAUUUUUAUUUUUUUAUUUUUAUUUAUUAUUUUUUUUUUUAUUUUUUAUUUUUAUUUUUUUUAUUUGUUGCUGAAUUUAACGAAUUGCACUUCUUGUUGAAUGCACAUGAAACCUCCAUGCGUCAUGGAGGUUGUGUUUGUUUGUAAGCUGGGUAAGCCAAAUCGAGUGCUGCUCACAUCCAACAAAAGCUAUUGAUCGCAGCAGUCUGUUUUUCCACAGAUAAGUGUUUUAAAGUGUGUAAAACUGUAGAGUAGAUGUGAAUGAUGAGUGUUUUGUGUCGUCUUGUGUCUAUUUAUUACGAUGUUCGGCUUUUCUUGUGUAUUUGGGUUUACUUCUUCAUUUCUGCUGCGGGCGGGCGAUCUCUGUAUAUUUUGCUCCUCUUCUUUAAUUUUAACUAUUGAGAAAACGGAGGGACGUGUGGAGAAGAAGACGCUUGUCCAGGCGGGUUUGAGUAUGUGGUGCUUCCUAUUUUUCCAACGCCUCAAAUCAAUAAAAACCUAACACAUUUGCA